GUAGUCAGUUCAUCUCUCUCAAAAUCCAUAAGUUUCUCCUGGAAGCCCUAAUCGGAAACAUAAACAAAUCACUGCAAUAAAAUUGAAAACUACAAUGGCGGAGCAUUUAGCUUCGAUAUUUGGAACGGAGAAGGACAGGGUGAAUUGCCCGUUCUACUUCAAGAUCGGUGCGUGCCGCCAUGGAGACCGCUGCUCUCGCCUCCACACCAAGCCCAGCAUCAGCCCGACCCUAUUGCUUACUAACAUGUACCAGCGACCGGACAUGAUAACCCCAGGCGUCGACGCCCAGGGCCAGCCUAUCGAUCCCAAAGCCAUGCAGGAACACUUCGAGGAUUUUUAUGAAGAUCUCUUCGAGGAGCUGAGCAAGUAUGGAGAUAUUGAAAGCUUGAAUGUUUGUGACAACCUGGCUGACCACAUGGUUGGCAAUGUUUAUGUACAGUUUAGAGAGGAAGAGCAUGCUGCAAAUGCUUUGAAAAAUCUGACUGGAAGAUUUUAUGCUGGACGACCCAUCAUUGUUGAUUUCUCUCCUGUGACUGAUUUUCGUGAAGCCACCUGUAGGCAGUAUGAGGAAAACACCUGCAAUCGUGGUGGGUACUGCAACUUUAUGCAUCUGAAAAGGAUUGGCAGGGAGUUAAGACACCAGUUGUAUGGAAGAUUGCGGAGACGGCACAGUCGAAGCCGAAGUAGAAGUCCCUACAGGCACCGCAGCUAUGAAGAUCGCUCUCAUGGAAGUCGCAGUCGCAGUAGAAGGUAUGAUGAUGACUGGGAUUACCACGAAAGUCGGAGAAAGAGGCACAGAAGCUCAAGUCCUAGUCGUAGGAGGGGUAGGAGCAGGAGCCCAGGUGGCAAGAGGUAUCAUAGUCCUGUUAGGGAAGGAAGUGAAGAGAGGCGAGCCAAAAUUGAGCAAUGGAAUCGGGAGAGGGAAGAGGCAGCACGUUCUAACAAUCCCAAUACUGGUGUCGUUGAUGGUAAAAAUGAGAAAGACAAUAAUGGGUACAUGCAUAACGGAAAUCAGCACGAUAGCGAGAAAGCACCACAGCAGAGUAGAUAUGGGUAUUGAUGAUGUCAGCACUGGUGGUGUGCAGGUUUACAAUUCUGUCAUAUGGAAAAUGAGAAAAAAAUUCUGCCCUUUUAUGUUUCUCUAACUUCUUUUUGACAUGUUCUGUCUGCUUGGGUGCAUGGCAUGCUUUAGAACUUUUCUUUACUAGUCAUUGUUUUCCUGAGAUUCCAUACACUACUUUAACUUGUACAUUUAUGGGCUCUCAAAUUAGUAACCAAUUUGUCCAUCCCUUGCACUUCCUUUUUUUUUCCCCCAAUCUUCUGUCCUUAGCCAUGCCACUCGUACCCAAUGGCAAUUGACAUUUAACUCAUGUUUUGCAAAUCUUAAAUCAUAAUUUCAGUUGGUUAAAUAUAUUUUUUAUCCAUGCAUUUAGCAGGACUCACAUCUGUUGUCCACUAAUUAUCUCCAUUAGAACCUACAACUUAUAAUCACUUAAAUUUAAUUUAAGCACUCCCAAACAUGUAAUUACAUUUAUAUGGAGAACAAGGUUCAGGUUGGAACCUUAAAACGGUUCACUUGAGCUAACAGAGUUCUAUUAACGUUGCACAACCACCUAGCUCUUGCACUUGCACUUUAGGAUUUGCCUUCGAGAGUUAUUUCCUUCUCUCAUUUUUAAAUUGCUUCAUUACCAUUUAUAAUAGUUAACCUCAUGUCUAUCUGAACACCAAAAAAGCCUUUUUCUUAGUAAAUAUGGAGUUAGCUGCAUGAAUCUAUUUUGGCUAUUCCACUUUGUUUAUUGCUAGAUCUUCCAAAAGAUCUAAAGCAACUACCACUUUAUCAAUUACAACACCACCUUGUUAAUUUUGUUCUACCUCUCCACUCGGAAGUGAAGUCUCUUAAAAUUGAUGCUAAACAUGAUAAGCACCUAGUCCAUUCUUGUAGUUAUGCCGUGUCUAGAAUUUAUUUUUAAUGUUAAUUAUUUUGCACAAAGAAUUUGAAAUGUUGUGUGUUUUCCAAAUCUUUGUAAUUUGGAUGGUUGCAAGAUAUUUUCUUCAUCAAAUUUAAAGGAAUAUUUGUGACACAUGGAAUUUAGAAUUCUUGGUGACAGUGUAUACUUUUUCCUUGGUUAUAUCUAUAUUUGGUAAUCCUGUUGAUGGCAUUGAUCUCAGGAAGUUUUCCUUAAGUUCCCUCAUUAACUGCAAAAAUAUUACGUCUUUUUAGUAGCAUGUAACUGGCCAAUUUAACUUUACCCUUGACAUGACAUCUGUAGUGGUCUGCACGACCCCCAUUAACCAUAUCUAC